AUUUAAACUAUUCAUUUGUUUGGUACUUUUAGAAAAACAUUUAGCCAUCUUCCAAAACAAAGAAAACUCAACCAAAAUAUUUUGAACGAAGCUACUAAUCUCCAGGCGUUAAGGCCCAACAAAAAACUUCUUCUAAAAAAUUUAUCCGAUACUUCUGGUAAAACUCUAUUAUUGAGAGAUAUAACAAAUAUUUCCAAACGUAAAGAAACAUACACAAAUGAUUUGAACGCUUGCUUACCAAUAUUAAAAAAACAUAAUUGUCAGUAUGAAGUCUUGGUGGAAAAUAAUGAAUUUAGGGGUUUAUUUUUUCAAAAUACAGACAUGAAAAAUAAUUUUGAUUCAUAUCCUGAAAUUGUGCUUCUUGAUGGUACAUACAAACUAUUAAAUUUUGGUGGUGUUGUGUAUUUAUUUAUUAUCGAAGAUUCAAUUGGAAGCUCAGAAAUAAUAGCUGUAGGAAUACUAUUAGGUGAAAUAAAAGAAUAUAUUGAUUGGUUAAUUUUAACAUUUAAAAAUAAAAACAAUUGUAGUUCUUUGAUCAAGACGUUCAUGACUGACAAAGAUGAAAACAUGAGAAACGUUCUAAGGCAACACUUCCCAACAUCUAAAUUAAUAUUGUGUAAAUUUCAUGUAUUUCAAAUUUUUAAACGUGAAAUUACUACAAAUAAAUUAGGUAUUACUCCAUGUGAAGAAUCAACUACUAAAGAAUAUUUCCAAAAUAUAUCCUAUUCAAAAUCUAUUGAGGAGUAUGAAAAUACUUAUGAAUCUAUGACACAGUUAUUACCAACACAAGUAAUGAAGUAUUUUAAUAAUAAUUGGAAUCCCAUCAAAGAUGAAUGGGUGGAUGCAUUCAUAAAUGAUAAUUUCUUAAAUUUUACAAAUAACAGAACAGAGUCAUUAAAUCGAAAUUUAAAAUCUGUAAUUAGAAAACUGAGUUCCCUAGAAGAAUUUCUGACUAAUUUUUUUAUUGAAUUACACAUUGAAAGAACCGAACGAGACCAUAAAGCAAUAAAAAGUAUUCAUAAAAUACCAGUUAUAUCAAAUGAUAUACUUCCAAUCAAAAAAUAUUCUGAUCUUUUAACUCAGUAUUCUUUUAGUCAUGUCGAAAAAGAAUAUCUGGCAAGUCUCAAAAUGAACAACAAUUCGCUUGAAAAUAUUGGUGUUACUAUAACAUUAUGUGAUUGUAAGUUUUUUCGAUCAAUGAAGUUGCCAUGCCGCCAUAUCAUCAAAAAACGACAGCUAAAUAAUUUAGAUAUUUUCGAUCAACAAUUAUGUUUACCUCGAUGGACCAAAAACUAUCUUCUUCAAAACCAAAAUGCAUUUCAACCACAAAUCAAUUCACCGGACAGUGGGCAAGAUAGUAUAAGUUAUAUAACAUUCAAGAAAAAACAAUCACCAAAAUCAGCAUUUGAAAAAUACAAGGAAGCAUCAAAUUUUACUACUAAACUGUGUCAAUUAGCCUCUGAAGUUGGACACUCUAUAUAUAAUAAUAGAAUUGAAGUUUUAAAAAACAUAAUUAAACACUGGGGAAAACAUCAAGAAAUAAUUGUUAUACCCAUAGAAGAAUCAUUAAACAAGGUAAAUUGUAAUUAGUAUAUGGAAUUGAGUUUAAAUAAUUUUGACUAAAUUUUACUUAUAGAAUCAAAACAGUGAUAAUAUGACACCUACUAAAAUAAUUUUGGAUCAAGAUAUAGUAAAUAACAUAUUAAUUUAUAUAAUUUGUUAAGUAUAUUAUGUGUAAUUGUGACUUUGUCAAUUCUAGGUUCAGUCAUCUGUAACAGUUGUUCAUAGUUCCCCUACUAAUUUGGUACAGCACAGUGAAAUGAUUCAGUCAAGUAAUAAAACCAUACAAUAUGAUAUAACACCUACUAAAUUAAUUUUGGAUCAAGAUAUAGUAAAUAACAUAUUAAUUUAUAUAAUUUGUUAAGUAUAUUAUGUGUAAUUGUGACUUUGUCAAUUCUAGGUUCAGUCAUCUGUAACAGUUGUUCAUAGUUCCCCUACUAAUUUGGUACAGCACAGUGAAAUGGUAAAAUAAUUAAAUUGCAAUGUUUAAACAAUUUGAAUGAAAAGAAUAUCACUUAAAAUUAUAUUGUAAUUUUUGUUUGUUUCAGUUAAGUGAAGCUGUUCAUAACACAUCAAC